UAUCUGUUCGCUGAAUCUGAAUAAAAUGAGGCUCUUGCUGGUCUUAAGCCUGGUCAUAUUGGUAGCCUACGUGGCGGGUGCUGCAGAUAGCGACUAUUACGAUGAUGAAGACUAUUACUAUUAUAAUGAUGAUGAUGAGAGCAAUGCCACUACCACCACUGAGUCUGGAUUAUCAGAAGAUGAAAGCGAUGGGGACAUUUCAGAUAACAGUGCCGAGAGCAGUUCAUCUGAGGAUAGUACCACAAAAUCAACUGUCUCCAAAGGAAAUAAAGCCGCAGGUCGUAGAAACAGACGACGCAGACGCACCACCGCUGUACCAAAACGAAGCAGCACCGCUGCCCCGAAACGCAAAGUAGUUGCUGCCACGCCCGCCAAAAGACAAACACCUGUGGCCAAAAAGAAACAGACACCUGUAACCAUCAAGAAGAAUCCCAAUACUGCUGCCAACAAACGCAAGCGCACAGGUUAAGCCUUCAAAAAAGUAAAGUUGAUAAAUAUAUCCCAAGUAGAAGAAAAAGUUUAAUUAAAACUGAAAAGUUUUGUAGAGAGUUAUAUGCAUUCAACAAUUUUAAACCAUGU